AUGGCGGAUCUUGAGAAUUUGAUGGAGUACAGUGAAAUCGUUAGCAAGAUGUUCGCUGACGAAGAUGAAGGAUAUCAGUUUUAUAACGCAUACGCACUUAGCAAAGGGUUUAGUGUGAGGAAAAGCUAUGUUGAGUGGAACAGUGACCACACUGAGAUCUCCCUUCGGCGUGAUGCGCAGAAGGCUGAAAUUGUCGAGCUGGGGGUUGCUAGGAUCCGCAAACACCAGAUAUUUGAAAUUAUGAAGAUGCAGUACGAUGGGUAUGACAAGGUUGGCUAUACAUCAAGGGACUUGUAUAAUUUCUGCCAUCUCUAUAAGCAGGAGAUAAUUGCUACUGCAUUUGGUGAUGUUGUGGUAUUUGAUAGCACCUACAAAACAAAUCGGUACAACCUGCCCCUUGUUCCUUCUGUUGGAGUAAAUCACCAUUACCGCACAAUUAUUUUCGGAUGUGGAAUUAUUUCUGUGUGGCUGCUGAAAACAUUUACUGAAGCUAAUGUUCAAAAGCAUCCUAUUUCCGUGAUCACUGAUGGAGACCUCGCUAUGCAGAGAGCAAUCAAAGAGAUUGAGAGGAAAUGGCAAGCAUUUUUCGAGACGUAUGAUGUCACAGAGGACUCGUGGAUGUAUCAGAUGUAUGAGGUGAGAGCAACCUGGUGUGCUGCGUAUCAUGCUGGUAAUCGCUAUUUAGGAUUGAGGAGCAACCAACGUAGUGAGAGCAUGAACUCUAGGCUACAGAUGAAACUGGAUGGUAAAAUGACCUUGUUAGAAAUGGUACAUCACUAUGAGAGCUGCCUUACAAAGGUGCGCAGAAUUGAGGCGGAUGACGAUGCUAAUGCACUACAAUCUGAGCCAUUCACAGAUCCAGAUGCUUCAAUUCUCGAAGUAAACGCGAAGAAAAGGUUCACACCAAACGUUUUUAAGACGAAGGUUCAGUUCAGCAUGGAAGCAGCCAAGAAGUGUUCUCUGGUUGAGAUUCUAGAUGGCGAUGAUACAACUGAGUAUAUUGUAGGAAUAAGUGAUAGAGACAUGAUGUACUAUGUGAAAUGUGAAUUAACUGAAGAGGCCAAUCUGAAGGAGAUUUCUUGUUCUUGUCGUAAGUUGCAAUCCCUUGGAACCCCUUGCUCACACAUCUUCUUUGUAUUGGGCAUUCGGGACGAGAGCAUGCUUCCAGACUGCUGUGUUCUGGUAAGGUGGACAAUGGGUGCGAAGCGUGCAUUUCCGCCGAUAAGGAAGAGCACCAUGUAUGACUAUUCCCCUACCCUACUGAGGUACCGUGAGCUACGCAAUCUCAAUCUCGCUGCAUCCUUCACAGCAUCUCGCUCAAUUGAAGGAUAUGAGCGGAUCAAACGUGUCCUUGAACAAGAAGCUGCUGUGAUCAUGCCAAAUGCGGGAGCGAACGAAGGGAACAUGUAUGGACCGGUGCUGCCACAAGCGCCGGAGGUUGAUUGUGAAGAAUUCAGAGAUGUCUUGGAUCCCAUGCAUGUGUCUGGCAGAGGGGCACCGAAGAAAAAGUUGAAGUCAAGUUCAGAUAAGACUAGAGACGACUCCAAAUGUAGCUUGUGUAAGAGGCAGGGUCACAAUCGGCGAACAUGCCACUUGAGACCAGAGGAAAAAAAGCUCCCAGAAGAUGUGCUAGAUUAA